GGCGAACUUCUCCAAAUGUUACCGCUACGGGAUCGGAGUUAGACUUGACACGGAGGGCUCAGACAUAGGCUACUACUACUACUACUACUACUACUACUACAACUACUCCUCUCUGAGACGUCGUUUCAUAAACUAUCGGGACGAAUGAAGACUGAAGGAUCUAUACGGAUUUCGGCGCAUAAUGUUGGGAUGGAGUUUCGAGACUUGUUUGGGUCCAAGGAAGACUAGAAAACCUUCCUCUAACUUGUCGCCGGCGGUGCUGGAUGCGCUCCUCUUCUAUGUUGGAUUAUUGUCGCUUUUUCUGAACUCGCACCGAUUCCCUGUCGCUUUGCUCUGCGCCCCGUUUACCCUCUUUGGACUAUGGCCUCGGAUCGCGGGGUCCCAGGGCCCGGCGUCUAUGGAGAUUUACCCCCGAGUUAUACGCGCUCCCAGCCGCCUGCGAACCCAGACCUACUCCGGAGACCCAGCUACUGCCACGCUGCUUUCGCACUUAAACAGAUCUCAAAGGGGAAGGCGGUAGGUCAGAAAGCUCCUCUGUGGAUCCGGGCGAGGUUCCAGGCCCUCCUGUUCUCUCUGGGUUGCCACAUCCAGAGGCACUGUGGAAAGGUCCUCUUUAUUGGACUCUUACUUUUUGGGGCUCUGUCUGUGGGACUCCGAGUUGCAGCCAUCGAAACGGACAUCGAACAGCUAUGGGUGGAAGCUGGUAGUCGGGUAAGCACAGAGCUUCGCUACACCAGGGAGAAGCAGGGAGAGGAGUCAGUAUUUACCUCACAGAUGCUCAUCCAGACCCCCAAAGAAGAGGGCACCAAUAUUCUUAGCCAGGAGGCUUUGCUGGUUCACAUGGAAGCCGCCCUGUCAGCCAGCAAGGUCCAGGUGUCACUGUUUGGAAAAUCGUGGGAUCUUAACAAAAUAUGCUAUAAAUCAGGAGUCCCUAUUAUAGAAAAUGUCAUGAUUGAAAGGAUGAUUGACAAGCUAUUCCCCUGUAUGAUAAUCACUCCAUUGGACUGUUUUUGGGAAGGGGCCAAACUACAAGGAGGCUCCGCCUAUUUACCGGGUAUGCCAGAUAUCCAGUGGAUGAAUCUAGAUCCAGUCAAGCUGAUGGAGGAACUGAGUCAGUUCACUUCACUAGAAGGAUUUAAGGAGAUGUUGGACAAAGCCCAGGUGGGACAUGCCUACAUGAACAGGCCAUGUCUAGACCCGUCAGACCCUGACUGCCCUCUCAGUGCACCCAACAAGGAGCAAGGAGAGAGUCCUGACAUUGCUGGGCGUCUCCAGGGUGGUUGCCACGGUUUCAGCCGGAAGUUUAUGCACUGGCAGGAGGAGCUGAUCCUGGGAGGGCGGGUCAAGAGCAGCCAGGAUACUCUGCUGAGUGCGGAGGCUCUCCAAACCAUGUUCCUGUUGAUGAGUCCUAAGCAGCUGUACGAGCACUUUAAAGACGACUACGAGAUCCACGACAUAAACUGGAAUGAGGAAAAGGCUACCGCCAUCCUCGAGUCCUGGCAGAGAAAGUUUGUGGAGGUGGUCCACCAGAGUGUCCCAGAUAACUCCAGCCAGUCCAUCCACGCUUUCUCCACCACCACCCUCAAUGACAUUAUGAAAUCCUUCUCAGAUGUCAGCGUUAUCAGGGUGGCCGGUGGAUACCUGCUCAUGCUGGCCUAUGCCUGUGUGACCAUGCUAAGGUGGGACUGUGCCAAAUCCCAGGGGGCCGUGGGGCUUGCCGGAGUGUUGUUAGUGGCUCUGUCGGUGGCUGCAGGACUGGGUCUCUGCUCCCUGCUCGGACUCUCCUUCAAUGCUGCCACCACACAGGUGCUUCCCUUCCUGGCACUAGGCAUUGGUGUGGAUGACAUGUUUCUGUUGGCUCAUUCCUUCACAGAGGCUGGAAGUAACAUCCCCUUUAAGGAGCGGACAGGAGACUGCUUGCGUCGCACCGGCACCAGUGUGGCUCUGACUUCCAUCAACAACAUGAUCGCGUUCUUCAUGGCUGCUCUCGUACCCAUUCCUGCCUUGCGAGCUUUCUCUUUGCAGGCGGCCAUUGUGGUCGUGUUUAACUUCGCCAUGGUGCUGCUCAUCUUCCCUGCCAUCCUCAGUUUGGACCUCCAUCGGCGCGAGGACAAGCGCUUGGAUAUCCUAUGCUGCCUGUACAGCCCCUGCUCUGACCGCGUCAUCCACCUCUCUCCGCACGAGCUGUCAGAUGCUGGAGAGCAGCCACACACACCCACGACGGCAACGGCUCACACGCACCAGUACACGGCAGGAUCGACAAUCACCACCAGCACCCAAAUCACCACCACGGUGCAGGCAUUCACACAGUGCGAUGCGGCGGGCCAGCAUAUCGUCACCAUCCUACCACCUACCUCACAGAUCUCCACCAGCCCGCCAUCUAUCAUCGUCUGCCCCACCUCGCAGCCUCAAGCUAUCACACCUUCCCCCACCACCACCUCUGUGCCGGACCCCUACGGCUCCCAGCUCUUCACACCCACCUCCAGCUCCACACGGGACCUCCUAGCCCAAGUAGAGGAUUCCAAAUCGGGAAAGAAGUGCGUCCCGCUCCCUUUCCUGCACUGGAACCUAUCCAGCUUUGCCAGGGAGAAAUACGCCCCUCUGCUCCUCAAGCCCAAAAGCAAAGCCAUCGUGGUGGUUCUCUUUCUGGGUCUCCUGGGGCUCAGCUUGUAUGGAACCACCAUGGUGCACGAUGGCCUCUACCUAACUGACAUCGUGCCACGCGACACCAAGGAGUACGAUUUCAUCGAUGCCCAGUUCAAGUAUUUCUCCUUCUACAACAUGUACCUGGUGACCAUGGAUGGAUUUGAUUAUGCCCGGUCACAGAGGCUGCUGAUCCAGCUGCACAACGCCUUCAAUUCCGUUAGAUACGUGGUCAGAGACAGUGACAACAAGCUGCCCCGCAUGUGGCUGCACUACUUCCAGGACUGGCUCAGAGGUCUUCAAUCUGCUUUUGAUGCUGACUGGCAGGCAGGCAGGAUUACCUCUGACAGCUAUCGUAACGGCACAGAGGACGGAGCUCUGGCAUACAAGCUUCUCAUCCAGACCGGCUCCAAGAAAGAGCCUUUCAACUACAGCCAGCUGACUUCUCGCCGGUUGGUGGAUGCAGAGGGUUUGAUCCCCCCAGAGGUGUUUUACAUUUACCUGACAGUCUGGGUCAGCAACGAUCCUCUGGGCUAUGCUGCCUCUCAGGCCAACUUCUACCCCCAUCCAAGAGAGUGGAUUCACGACAAGUAUGACACUACAGGGGAGAAUCUGCGCAUCCCAGCUGCAGAGCCCCUGGAGUUUGCCCAGUUCCCCUUCUACCUGAACGGCCUUCGCCAGGCUGGUGACUUUGUGGAGGCCAUCGAGAGCGUGGCGGGCCGUGUGUUUAUAUUGGCCAUGAUGACGGUGGAGUUGUUUGGCAUCAUGGGUCUGAUUGGCAUCAAGCUGAGUGCCAUCCCUGUGGUUAUCCUGAUCGCCUCUGUGGGCAUCGGAGUGGAGUUCACUGUUCACAUCGCACUGGCUCCUGUCCCAGCGAUUGGCAACAGAAACAAGCGCUCUGCAAGUGCUCUGGAGCACAUGUUUGCCCCCCGGUGGUUGACGGGCGCCCCGAUCUCCCACGAUGCUGGCCUUCUCAAGCUGGCAGGGUCAGAGUUUGACUUCAUCCUCAGGUAUUUCUUUGCUGUGUUGGCCAUCCUGACUGUUUUGGGGAUGCUGAAUGGCUUGGUUCUCCUGCCAGUCCUCCUGUCCAUGAUGGGCCCUCCAGCUGAGGUCACCCCGGUUGACAACUCCAGCCGCCUGCCCACGCCGUCCCCUGAACCCCCACUCCCUCCACCGAUGACCCACCAUGGCUAUUACACAGGCCACCACAACCCGCGGUCGUCUCGUCAGCAGGCUUUCUCAGAGUCGUCGGACUCUGAGUAUUAUUCGGAGAUGACCACCACUUCAGGGAUCGGGGAGGAGGAUUAUAAGUACUGCGAUCGAAGCGCGUACAUAGCAUCACACACCAGCGUUCCACCUGCAACAUCUCACAUACUGCUGGAAGCCAGCAAGAACCCCAGCUUCCCCAAACUCACGGUGGUGAAGCCAUUCAGAGAAAAUUCAACAGGCACUGGUGGAAGGAUAGAACCUUUAAAUGAAUCUUCCCACAAUGCACAGUCACCUCUCGGGUCCCAGGUUACGUGCUGGGAUGUGAACAAGCGGGAGCAGCAGCAGGGCCCCCAGAGGCUUCAGGCACUGCCUGGCCAACACUUACCCAGCGACAGAGUUCACUUCCCUGGGAGGACUUGUCAAAGUGGCCCCAGGCUACAGAACAGCAGAGGGCCUCAGCCAAACAGGACUAAAGGGCCGAGCUAUAGUAAUAGCAGCUCCACCUUGCCGAUGCAGCAAGGCUCCACUGGGGGGUCUGUUACCAUGGUAACGGCCACAGCUUCUGUGACGGUAGCUGUGCAUCCGACCUUACCAGGGGCAGCCUACCAAGGCUACAUGCAUGAAGGUUUUGACACAGACAGCGAGUCGGACUGCUUUGAGGCUGCUAAAAGGACUUGUGGUGACAAAAACAUUUUUUCUUCAUGUAAGAGAGACUCUCUAGAGCUCCAGGACUUGGAAGCAACACAGGGCCAGAAAGAGCAUCAGUUCGGCAAGACAUAAGGUGGGUUGAGGAUCCAGGCAGCCAAAGAUUGCUAGACUCUCUCACACACCCUGCCUUCUCUCUGUGAGUCUCUGGCUGCCUCCCAGAGCACCUUGACGCCAACUUGGCGUCACAUGGCGUCUUGAACUCUCAACUGUACAUAGACUUCACACAGAAAAAGAGAGGAUUUAUUUCAAGGACAUAUUAAGAAAAAAAAUGACGUUUUAAGAAUUAUAUAAAUCUAUGAGUAUAUAUUUUAAUGCUAAAAAAGAAGGAAGCUAUUUAAAAGAGUACUGUAUAACUUGGGUAUACUCUUGUGUAAAAGUUCAGAUGUAAAAGAUUAUUUGUUUUUCUGGGGCGGUUGAUUUUUUUCCCCCCCGCAAUGUAUAGAAUAAAAAAUGUGCUAUAUGUAAAAAGUGUCCACAAAAAGUGAGAUGUUAUUAAGAUAUUAGGCUAUUGAACAUACAUGUC